AUGAAAAGCAAGUUCCCUUCCACCUUCUCCAUGUCGACCUCUUCGCUGACCCACACAAGAAACCUCCAUUUUUGGCUAAGAAUCCUUUUGUCAAUUCCAACCCCAGAGGAUGGUGAUCUACUCUUUGAAUCAAGAGCAAUCACAUCCGGACAAGUACAAGGAACCGGGCCCGAUAUGCUCCUCCACCGGCCGGACCGGACCCCGAAAGAAGCCGCCAUUGUCAAGCUCUGGCUCGAGGUCAAAUCCCACCGUUACAGCCGUGCAAUAAGUCCCAUCGUCCACCAGUUCUUCGCCGCCCACCUCCACGGCCGCGACCCGGACCAGCCCCUCAUCGACCAAAACCUCUGGCGCCUAGGCGCCGUGCUUGACGUCUACGAGCAGCGCCUAGGCGCCACCAACUACCUGGCCGGCCACUCUUACACUUUGGCCGAUCUCCAUCAUCUUCCUUACACGUUCCACUUCAGGAAGACGCCGUGGGCCGCCCUCGUUUACGGUCGGCCGCGCGUUAGGGUCUGGUGGGACGACAUAUCGUCUCGCGCCGCGUUUCUCAAGGUCGCCCACGACAUGACGACUUCUGCAAGAGAUUACGAAUGAUUGAUUGUAAUUUUUUUUUCUUCUUUGGGGUUCAAUUAUUAUUGUUAUUUUUUCAAUGGUUAAGUGUGUUUUUGUUGAUUUGAAAUUGUGAUGCUUAUGAUUAUUUUUUAGUGGGUUGGGUUUUCUUGACUUAUAAGACGGUGUUUGAUA